CGAGUCAUGACAAAUCGACAAAAUUUCCCUCAGUUCAACUUCCCCUGAAUUUAAAAUGCAUGCCUCGGUGACAGCAAGGCGCAUGUUUAUCUCCAGUGUACGUCAAUCUUUUUCUCAAAGCGCCUCUGGUGGAGGUCAAAAGGGCGCAAUUCACAAUUUCCGGCUGUUCCCGUCAAAUUGAUUUCAGGGGUAAAUCGGCAAACAGCUCGUCCUCUCCGAUAUACAGCUCUGGAAAAAACAACGGGUCACAAGGCUGCAGGCAUGCCUGUUCAAGCAACCUUUACAACAGACAGCUGUAGCCACGACUGCGUUGUCUCCAAUGACACCACAUGAAGCAGAUGUCGAGAGUGCUUCUACCGUUCAUGACGUGUUGUGUAUCGAACGGCAAGGGCAAGAGCAACUACCGGUUCAAAUUCCAGACGGGGGAUUCGAUGCUUGGAUGGUUGUUGUCUCUGGCUUCAUCACGACCAUGAACGUCUUUGGCUUUGUCAACAGCUUUGGAGUCUUUCAGACACGGUAUGUAUCCAGAGGUGGCCUGCUCAGCAAGUAUUCGCCCUCGGCUGUCUCUGUGAUUGGCUCCGUCGAAACGUUCUUUGUGUUCUUCCCGGCUCUUGUCAUCGGUCGCCUGGCAGACGCUGGCUAUAUACGAUCUUUGGUGUUUGGCGGAACUUGUAUGAUGGUCUUUGGUAUCUUAAUGACGAGCAUUGACAAGACUGGGCAAUACUACGAGUUCUUCCUUGCACAGGGAGUCUGUAUUGGACUCGGACUAUGUCCAAUCUUCAUUCCUCCAGUGACACUCUGUGCACAUUGGUUCAGGCGCAAACAUGCUCUGGCUUUGGGCAUUACUGCAGCUGGUGCGAGCGUUGGUGGCUGUCUCUAUCCAAUCCUCCUCAAUUUACUGUUCCCAAAGAUUGGAUUUAGCUGGAGUAUGCGAGUGGUGGCCCUCAUCAUUGCAGUGACACAGAUCAUUCCACUCAUCUUCCUCAAGUCACGCAUGCCCUUCAGAAAAUUGAAAGGACAAACAUUUUUUGAUGUGCAAGUCUUUCGCAAUCCAGCGUACGUCUUGGUUCACAUCGGCUUGUUCCUUGCAUUUUGGGGCCUCUAUACGCCCUUCUAUGAUCUCGAGAUCUUUGCCAUCUCCAACAACGUUCCCGUCACUCUGGCCUUCUACAUGCUGCCCAUCACCAGUGCAGCGUCGGCCUGUGGUCGUGUGCUGCUAGCAUUCGUUGCAGACCGAUACGGAUGCGUCAACAGUAUCAUUCCUAGCGUCGCUGCAGCUGCCAGUCUGCUAUUCAUUUGGCUAGCUUGCACAACGCAGUCAACUGUCAUUGCCUUUUGCGUGCUGUAUGGUUGUGCAAGUGGUGCAGUCGUGAGUCUUUCAGUAUCAGUCGUCACGUCACUCUCCAAUGAUCCAGCAAAGAAUGGAAUACGGACCGGCCAAAUGCUGACCUUGUGUUCUAUUGCAACAUUGACGGGACCGCCUAUUGCCAAUGCUAUCAUUGAGUCAGUCAGUCAAUUGCUGCCUGGCGAUGGCACCAAAGUGUUUGAUGGUGGAGCCAUCUUUUCUGGAAGUGUAGUCAUGGCUGGUCUUGCAUGUCUUGUGGUGGCUCGAUUCAUGUAUGACCGUCGACUAUGCGUCAAGGUGUGAGAGGAUCGAGGGCAGGUGAGAUUGGUUAAUUGUCCGUGCCAUCUGAAUGAUUGAAGUACGUCGACCUUGCUCGU